UUCUUUACGGUUCCAGUCACUCACGUUGCAUCGGAAGGGUCGGUUCUAUGCUGUUCACUUUCUCGGUUGGUUGGUGGUUCUUUCUGUGUUUAUUUGCAACGGAGCAAAACAUUAGACGCGCAUGUUAGUUUCGUUUUUUCCACCCUAACAACCCCUGUACACCAACAAAUGUAUCAACCCUCUGUAAGUGGUCUGCUGGACAAAACCAGUAGGAGAAAAAUCUUGAAGGAUAAAGUGAGUCAUGGUCUAACUGUACCUCUAAUUGUGGCUUUUAAAAAUUAGUGUAAUUUCGUUGGUGGUCUGAGCGAGUAAGAUUUCAUGCGACCUUAUUGAGAGAAGAUAAGUAACGCAGUGUAUUCCAGAUCAUCAUGUGAUGGUGUGAAUUGAAACGUGCUAAUCAGUAAAGUUCACAAAUCCAUAAAAUGUGUUUCGCUGAGCGAAGUCGAAGUAAGACGUAGAUAUUAUUUUCUUAAAUGUUCAGUCCAGUCUAAUGUGUUUGCUCGUGCUCCUGGCGGUGCUCGUGACUUUUAUAAACAAUGGCAACGGCCUUACGUAGGGCACAAACACAUUUGUCGUUGCAAGUGUUGAUUUUAGUGACGAUCCUUUUGCCAGCCUUUACCUGUCCCGGGAUUGUAACCAACGAAGUCAACGUAGAUUGUGAAGACGACACCAAAAUGGCCGGGUCAAAGAUUAGACCCACAACUCCUGUAAUCGAGUACUUCAAGGAGCAUGAAGUCAGUGAAAAGGAAUCCCGCUUGGCCUUGGAAGCAUUAGAUUUGGAUCAGCUCACCAAAGUUCCAGCCUGGUGUGACGAGUGUGGCAUUGAUAAGAUUCACUUUUGUCGUUCGGCAGCUUUCAUCAACGAUCACUGCUGUUGUGAACAUCGUCAUGCGAGGGAAAAAUUGUCAUGGAUUCCGCACACUUGUUAUUUGGGGAAAGAACGAUGCCAGCCACAUACAAGUUCCUGCAGCAAGUACCGGGAGAUACGCGAGUGUUGCUGUGAUCGAUUGCUUAUUGGAGAGUAUAAAGCAAGAUUCUCCGCGGGAUCCCGCACCUGUAAGCCGAGCCAGGCGGCCAGCUGGAUUCUGUCAGUAGUUUGGAUGACGAUCGGAGCAAUCCAUCUCUACAGCUAGUAGCUGUGAGAACAAACGGAGUUUCCUUCACCCACCAAAUAUUUACCGUACUAUCUACUAUAAUGAGUGAUUGAUUAACUCGAACGAUUCGAGAGUCCUACAGAAUGGAUCAAAACUACGGCAUCAUCAGUGUCAUAUACAUAUGUUCAAUAAACGGGAAUUAUUAGCGUGUACUUAGCUACUACCAACUACCAGCAAAGCGUUUAAGGCUGUGGCAUUUUAGCGGUGAUUUUUGAAGUGCUAUAAUACAUGUGUAUGUUAUUUAUAUUUUAAGUUUAUUUCUCAUUUUAUCUACCAUUUUCCACACGCACAAAAUAUUGCACGAUUCGAAUGUAUGUAGAAUAUGAAAAACAGAAAAAAUCUAUGAGUAUUGACUAGUUACCAAAGCUGGAGUUCACAACGCACAAGGAUGAUGAAAAAUAAAACUUUUCUGUCUCACGGUUGUUGAAUCUCGAAAAGGAGUACAACAGACAACCCCAAAAUUAGUGGUUUCAAUCUACGUUUGAUCGAACAGCCAUCAAAAGUAACGAUUUUCAUUAACAUACUUAACCAUCAUAAUUUUUCGGCCAAAAAAUUCCGGUUACGGUAAGACUUGUUAGUUUGCUCGCGACGGUUCUCAUGUACAGAACUAUUACAUUGUUCACUAACAAGAAAGUUAAAAUUCGCGAAAGAUUUUUGAUGGGAGAAAACGAGAGAUUAGAAUUUAGAUCACACAACUAACGGUAGAUUUUAUACACAUAAAAUAUUUAUUUUACUACGUCCUGUAAAAAUAAUAGGAAUCGUGAAAAUUACUUUGCAAAUACAAACAAGAACAGAAAACAA